AUGAAUAUGGACACCAUUCGCAUUCCAGCCACGGUAACGAAAGAUGAUUUUGAAUUUGGGCAAAUAUUGGGAGAAGGAGCCUUCGGACAAGUUCGGUUGUGUGUCCAUAAGGCAACGGAGGUUCAGUUUGCGGCAAAAAUCCUCAAGAAAGAGAAGCUCAUCAAGGCAAAACAAACAAAAUAUGUAAAAUCUGAGAAGGAAAUCUUGUUGGAGAUGGAUCAUUCGAAUAUAUCCAAGUUGUGCUAUACAUUUACCGAUGAGAAGAGACUGUACUUUAUAUUGGAGCUGAUCACUGGAGGGGAGUUGUUCGAGUGUAUCAUUAAGAGCAAUCUAUCAACGAAAGAGCUCAAAAAGGUAGUACAGUUCUAUAUGGCACAACUGUUGGAGGCACUCAUUUAUAUACACUCUUUGCAUAUUUGUCAUCGUGAUUUGAAACCAGAGAAUCUCAUGCUCAAUGGCGAUGGAAAUUUGAAACUUGUUGAUUUUGGAAUUGCAAAGAAAAUAGAAAAACCAGGACCCAAUACAUUUUGUGGAACUGCAGAGUACUUGGCUCCAGAGGUGGUCACAAAUAAUGAGUAUGGUAUCAUGGUGGACUGGUGGGCUUAUGGCUGUAUUAUUUAUGAACUCUUUUGUGGUAAGAGCCCUUUUUACAGCUCGAGCAUGGCCGUAACUUGUCAAAAGAUUGUAGAUCGUGACAUAUUUUGGCCCAAAACUCUACCUUCCGAUGCUAAGGACCUGAUUGAUGGUCUUCUUUGUACAGAUCCAGAGAGAAGACUCGGAGGAGUUGCAUUAAGGAAACAUCCAUUUUUCAAAGGUAUCGAAUGGAAAAAUUUCAGCAAAAUUAAGCCACCAUUGAUUCCUGAUCUCAUGUUUGACAAUGAAGACAGAGGUGUGGGCAUUAAAAUGUCCAUGUUUGAACCUAGAAAUGAUCAGGAAGACGUAAUGAUCCAAGCUCAUGUGUUUAAGGCUCGAACCAAAAGUGCUUCAGUUCAAGAUAUCAUUAAGAGGAGUAAUCUUCUCCGCAAACUGUAUCCCCAAUUGAACCAAUUACCUGAAAGACCGCGACCAAUCAACUCUCGUAUUAUUCAAAAUUCUGAAAAUAUUCCAAAAACAAAUGAUAAGGUUGAGGAGGAAGAGGUCAAUGACGAAAGAAAGGGAAAUAACCCCUCAGUACCAUCAAACUUUGCUAAUGCAGGAGAUAAGGCAACUUCUGAAGAACAGUCGUCACCAUCUUCCAAAAAACAGGUGGUAAUGAUUCAGUCAGCACUAUCCAUGAAGACUCCAGUGAUGAAAAUCAUCUUUGGCCAAGGAGACAAAGUUGCAGCAAGUAGCAGUUUUCAAGCGAAAGCGUUCGCUAUUACCAUCGAUCAUGAAUCCAAUAUAAUAUUCAAUGAGCAAAAGAGUAUGACUACAGUAUCUACUUGUAACUUUUUGGAAUAUUCGCCAAAUGGUGAAAUGUUGGUGUUUGACAUGCAGAGACAUAUUGGAUUGAUGGAAACAAAAAAUCCAAAGAAGAAACCCAAACAACUUGUUGGUCAUCCUCUACCAAUUACAAAAGUGUCAUGGCAUCCAAAGAGUACACUACUUGCAGCAGGCGGGUUGGAUAGUUUGGUCUAUCUCUGGAAUGUAGAGAGUGGUAAGCCAAAACUUCAAACACAAAUAGAGUCGCACAAGGCCUACAUUUCAGAUUUGCAAUUUCAUCCAAAAGAAAGCCUCCUUGCAAGUGCAAGUGGAGACUGCAAGGUUAUUUUCUAUGAUGCUCAAAGUGAGAGAGUUGUUCACAAGUUCAGUGCUCACGAAGAUGCAAUAUUAGGAGUGAGGUGGAAUGAAACAUAUGACAAUAUUUUCUGUACUUGGUCUAUGGACAGAAGACUCAUCAUUUCAGAUAGAAGAACAUUUAAACCAGUGAAAAUACUCGCCCAUAGCAGGCCAAUUAUCAAUGCAGAAUGGUCCAAAGACGGUACCAUGCUAGCAACAUGCACUAGAGAUUCCAUCAGGAUUUGGCAAUAUUCAAACAUCACUUCAAGCUUCUGUUACACCAAUGCUGACAAUUUACCGGGUGAAUUAUUAUCUUUUGAUUGCACCAACAAGUAUCUUGCUGUUCUCAAAUGCCGUGAUGAUACUUUCCCUUCCGUCAUUGAUACGAAACCGGAUCUUUCAUCAAUGUUGCGUUACAGUCGAACAAUGCUCACAAGCAGCCAGUGA